AUGUAGUGUGAGUGGUUUACAAGAAAAUGUUUGGAGAAGAUUCUUGUAUUUCCAACCAUUGUUGUCAUAGCAACUUUUAUCUUACAUUCAUUCAGCCAACAAAAGAGUACAAUUGAGAGCCAGGCACACAACCAUGAAAAUGGAAAAGAUAUGAAUUUCACAAAGAUGUAAAAAUGGAUUCACUGAAAGCACACUGGGCCUAUUUGUUAAACUGCUCCCAGUCCCUGAUACUGGAUCAUGGCUACUGGACAUCAGAGGGUGAGAAAGACCCAAAGGACAUUGUGAUGGUCAGAUUGAGCAGUUUGCUUUUAAAAAGUCUGGAUCAGAUUGGAUCUUGCAGAGCACUGAGGAUUUGCAUCUUGGCUGACAACUUUCUGACCAGGAUCGAAGCUCUGAUGGCAUGCACUCACUUGGUGAAGUUAGAUUUGAAAGGCAAUCAGAUCGUUCACCUCCCUGAUGCUUCAUAUUGGAGUCAUCUGAAAGAAUUACAGCUUCUAUAUCUACACGACAACAACAUGUCAGCCUGGAACAAUAUUAAAGGUCUGUCGGGCUGUUUAAACCUGACUGCUUUAACUGUCUAUGACACCCCGCUCAGUUUAAAGAAGAACUACAGGCACUGUCUGGUCAAUAACAUAUGGUCACUGAAAGCCUUGGACAACUUUGUUAUAUCUGACGAGGAAAUCAUCCAAAACUGGUCCCUUCCCUUUCAAUUCAAAGCAAUGAAGCAACACUUUUGUGUCAAUUUGUACCCAUCUACAAAGCCGAAUUCAUUUGAGACAGAGAUGAAAGCGGUAUACAAGAUAAUCACUGAAAUAAACAGGAUCCAGGCCGUUUAUUCUCCUACACUUAUUAUACAGCGCUGGAUCCGAGGCCAUUUAAUCAGAAAAAGUCUUGGACUUUGUAGUACAAAGAAACGUAUAGCAUCUGGGACACCAUUCAUCAACCAUUCAUCAGAAAAUGAGCAGGAACCAUCUCAGUCUCAGAAAACCAUGACGGAGGACACAGAUGACAACCAUGAGCUACCAAAGGAAAAGAAUACAGAGAUCAAAAGACUUCAUGUAAACCUCAAUACGCUGAUGGAAACUAUCUACCCAGAGGUUUUUCAGGAAGCUACAAAUGCUGAAACAUUUGAUGGUCAACAAGACAUACAAGUACCGUACAACACCCCUGACUGCAGAAGUCUGAAAUCUGAAGUCCAAAUAAGCACAUUUGACCAAGAUACUAAUGUGACUGGUGAUCUCUGUAAUGAAGAAAUUGAGGAAGGAACCUUUCAUGUUUUGGGACUGAAGGCUUUGGUCCACCAGAGUGAGCCAUUGAUUGACAUGUUGUGGUCCCGUAAAACUGCGGGACAGGACAUCCGUGAAGCCAUCAGCCAUUUUCACACUCAGAGACCUGGUCUACAGCCUCACUCACCUGCCAUUACUUCAGGGAAGCAUCUGAUUGGUCAUUGCCAUGACAACAUCAGUCUCACCCCCUUUAAAGUCAUUGAAAGAGCCCAUCAAACAUUUGACAAGGCCAGAAUGCAGAGAAACCUCGCAGAGAAGGUAACUGAGCACCACAUUGACCGUGAAGUAGCCAAAGGCCGCAGAUACGACUUCAUGGAGGCUCGAAGAACAGAAGUACGUCUGCGUGAGGAGCGUGAAAGAGCGGAUAUGGAGAAAACUCUCACACUACAGAGAGCCAAGGUGGAACAGGACAUCCAUCAUGCACGUCAGAAACAUACCCAGUUUCUGGAAGAGAAGAAAAGGAGGUUCCAGGAGCAAGAGAUGGUUUGCAGUUUCAGCCAACAGCACAACUCUCUAGCGAGAGCUGUACUUAGAUACAACACGUGGAAACGUGGUAACCAGCAAUAGAUGCAUGAAUGUUUUAGAU